CACAAACACACAGACACACAAAAUGGAUGUAAAUCUCGUAAGUGAAGAAGAUGCAACGACAGAUUUAGUGAUGAAGAAAGCAGCAGAAGCUGCAGAAAAUCUUUACACAAUCAGAGACACUUAUUUCCCCUUAAACCCAGAUGACAAAAUCUCCAAACUUCAAUCUCAAUCUCAAAUCGCUCUCAACCUUCUUGAUUCCAUCUCUCCAGAACAAAGGAAAUUGCCUACACAACGUGCAAUGUAUGAGUAUUUGAAAGGGAAGAUAUUGGAUGUGUUUCCUGAGUAUACGAAACAAGCCGAAGAUCAUCUUUCUAAAGCUGUCAAGUUGAAUCCAUCUCUUGCAGACGCUUGGCUAUGUUUGGGAAAUUGUAUUUGGAAAAAGGGAGAUUUAACUGCAACUAGAAACUGCUAUACCCUUGCUUUAAGCAAGGGUCCAAAUAAAAGGAUACUAAGUCAAUUAUCAAUGCUUGAAAGACGAUUGGCUCAAGGUGCGGAUAAUCAGGAGGAAAUUGUUGCUGAAAGCAUCAAACACGCAAAGGAGGCUAUUGCUUUAGAUGUGAAAGAUGGGAAUUCAUGGUACAACCUUGGGAAUGCCUGUCUCACAUGUUUCUUUGUGACGGGGGCAUGGGAUCACAGCAAAUUACAGCAGGCGCUCAAGGCAUAUCAAAAUGCUGAGAAAGAUAAGAAUACGAAGUCAAACCCAGACCUAUUCUUCAACUGUGCUACUGUAAAUACAUAUCUAGAGAACUAUCAGAGGGCACUUAGUGGAUUUGAAGCAGCUGCCUCGAUAGAUCCUUCCCUUAAUGCCGCUGAGGAAGUUCAAAAGAUGAUUAAUCUUUUCGAUAAAUUGGACAGUUUGUUGAAGGGACAAAUUAAGGCUAAGCGACUGGCUUCAUUGACUUCAUCUCUCGCGGAAGUUCGAUUGAACCCAUCUUACAAGAGGGCCACCAUCGAUAAUUUGUCUGAUGGUCUUAACAAGACAUUUGCAGUUGUGGGGAAGGUACUGUUCUUCGUCAAACAUGAGAAUAAUACCCCCUUGUUUUAUCUGGUGUGUGAUUCGAACCAGAAGUGUUUUGUCCUCACAGUAUACGGGAUAAGCAACGAUGCUAUUAAAGAGGGUGAUCAAGUCACACUUUUGGAUCCAAAUUUUCGUAUCAAUGAAUUUUCAUGGAAUGAAAAGCGGUAUGAAUUCAGAUCAGUUCGUGUGGAUUUUCUUGAACAAGUACAGAUAAAUGGAAAACCCGUCCCCCCUCACUAUUCUGUUCGCUCAUCAAUUUAUGCACAACAUAAACCUUGAAGAUCAAUAUAUGCACAACAUAAACCCUGAAGACUCUGUAUUUUGUAUCCGACAUGGAGGGACAUUAGAAGACAGAUUUGAAGAACCCGAAAAUACUGUUGCAAUCAUAUGUAAAGAGCAUAGGAAUGUUAGAAUUGUAUUUUUGGUUUGGGCGGAAAUACUGAAUUUUGUUUGGUGAUCGAUUGGUGUGUACAGACAAUUGUUUGUCUAUAACUCUUGCAAAGUUAGAAUUCGAGAAUAGAGAGUUAGAGUUUGCUUCGCUUUAAAGGAAGUGGUUUGUAGCUUUUACAAGAACUAUGGUUGGUUUAAAUUGAGUAUUUGACUCAUGAUGUUGUUCA